AUGUCACGCGAAGAUGAAGACAGUAUUUUCCAUCAGCCUGUCACCAGAAGUUAUGCGUAUUUUACGCCAAAUAUGUUCUCCUCAACAGAAAAGCCUCGCGCUGUAGGUUCUAACGGAGAAAUAUCUACGCCCAGCUGGUUCCGCUAUGCUAAUAUCGACGGCCCAAAUCAAAAUUAUGCGCCGAUGCCUCCGGGCUAUCAAUGGGAAGUUGAAUACUAUCGCCGCGAAGAUGGAAAUCUCAUAACACAGCCGGUUUUGUCAAGAUUGCCGGCGAUCGAGUUUAUUUCAGCCAAGGAAUUCGUCCUAAACAAUUAUGUCGCAAUAAAUAUCAGUGAGGACCAGCUAACAGAUGAGGGUAUUGAAGACAUAUCGUCAGACGAGGAGAUGUACUCAAAGGGCACUCUUCACAAUGGUGUCAUCGAGGAAGAUUACGAAAGUAGAUUCUGGACUCGACAAAGCCUUUCCGAGACACCACAUGCCCUGAUUGGGGAAAGAAUUACUAGAGAUGAAGACUGGGUCGCAUUGCGCUCGCAAGAUGUCAACCCGAUCUGGAGCACUUCAGAGGCCUUUGAACGUGUCUCGAUGACAAAUAGCGAGCUAGAGGCCCUGAUCACACUCGAAUGCAACGGCACAAAGCGAGCUGACAGUCGCUAUGCGUCCGUUUUUUCCAUGGAUGGCGAUCCCGAAAAAGACACAGUCGAGAAGAACCACAGUGAUAGGUAUGUCUCGAUUGUACAUAAAAGCGACUCUAUUAAACAAAACUCUUGUCUUGAAGACGUUGAUAAGCAGAUCCUUUGA